AUGGACCAUAAAAGUGCAAUUACUAACACCACUGACCAGGUCAGGCUGGAGAUCCAACGAUUCGAGAGUAUCCAUCCUUAUAUCUACCGAGCUUAUCACUUGAUCGAUUCGAUUGAAGACGAUGCGCUUCGGAAUACAUUGGAACAACAGAUGAUUUACAUAGAAGGUGUGUUAUUUGAUUGUUUGACGUUUUUUUUGGUAGGUCUAGCUAGUUAAUUUAUUGUGAAGCUUAAUUUUUUGUUACUUUAUGGUUUCAGAUGCCUUUAUUCACUCGCAAGAAUGGACGCUGACUGGAAAUGUCCCGGUUUUACGACUAGUAAGUCAAUUUAUGGUCUCAAAACAAUGACGCUUAACAUUUGAAAAUUGAGAAUGCUUUUCCGCACAAAUUUUUCUGACUUUCACCAAGUGUAAUAUAAUUUGUUAUUGAUAUCGUUCGUAAUUGCAGGGUGUCAUUGGCUCUUUGGACAGCGGCAAAACUCCUUUAAUCCAUCGGUAUCUGACCGGAGGUUACCGAACUCGUGAGUCCGCUGAAGGCGGCAGGUUCAAAAAGGACCUUAUACUUGAGGGAAGGAGUCACUUACUCUUAAUUAGAGACGAAGGAAAAGAAGCUCCCACUCCUGACGUAAGUCUUUCAAUUAGUGGUAUAUCUCUCAAUUUAGUUCACACAUUGGCUUGACGGAGUGUUGAUUGUGUACAGUGUCAACAGCAGAGAGAGUUUAGAAGUUGCUUAUAGUUACCUCAAAGCGUUGGCUAGGUUCAGAAGUCAGCUAGACUUUCCUGCCAUUUUGGUUGGGACUAUUGUAAGUUUAAUAUGCUAUUUUAGAUAGAUUAUAUUAUUUUAUAGCGUCUUGUUCACUUUUUGAUAUGAAUUUUAAUGAACUUUGUUAUUAACUUGACACGUUUCAGGACAAUCAAACCGCGUACGUCCAGCGAACUCCAGCAGAAGAAGAAGUGAAAAAGUUUGCUCGGGAAAGGAAUUGGAGUCAUAUCGAAGUGUGUUCACCAACUGGACACAAAGUAGACCACGUUUUCCGAGAAGGUGAGUUUUAAAGUAUUAUUAUAAGGUAUAACAAUAUUUUAAAGAAAAGGACUAAUUUAGGUAACAUUUUUAUUUGGUAAUAAUAUUUUUAGUUUGUCUGCAAAUCUUGAAGAGAAACCCGGAGGCAUUCUUUCGAAAGCCGUCCCUAGCCAGUAGUUCUGGUUCUGUUAGUCGUCAAAGGAACUCAAAUAGGACCACACAGUUGUUCCACGACUCCAAAACUGUAAGUUUGCACGAUAUGCAUAUUUUGUAAAAAGAUUGGUUAAUGUAAUUUUUGGUUGUUAAACUUGUUUUAUAUGUUUAAAAUUGUAGAGUCGACGACACCCUCGAGUUCCUGAAAACCCUCAGUUGAUGACACAUCAGAGAUCAAUGUCAGCUGCUCCAGUUUGUGAUCCUCGUCUAGUAGACGAUUAUGCCAAGAUUAACGGGCAUGCCACAGUAAAUGGCACAACGAAAUUUAGGAAUAGCCAUGUUGGAGACUUUAAUCAGUUCUUCUCCGACGGUACUUACAGUCACUCUGGACCUUCAGUAGAGGCAUUGGAUCAGUGUAAGAGAUGUUUACGUUCUAAAUUUGAUUUUUUGAUAGGAAUAUGUAUUGUCAAACUGUAAUUGGGUUAUUUUAUUGUUUCUGAAAACAAAAUUUUGUUAAUUCUACUGAUGAUAGUAAAGAAAGUUCGGUUUGUGUUGAAGCGAAAUGGUGUGUAAUAUAAUGGUUUUAAAUGUUAAUUCGUCUAAUUAUAAUAUUUUUAGUUUCUUCCCCGCUUUUGCCAUACACAAGAUCCGUUACGAACUAUGGAGAUCAGAAGAAUUCAUAUCUCAGCCCAGCAAUCGCAUCUACAAGCCGGCUGCCUAAUCCAUCACUAACACCAAACUCACAAAGAAAAAACUACAGGAGAAUAUCAAGCAUGUUUUCGGUAAGAAUAUAAUUAUAUUGUACCGAAGUUUUAUUUUUUACUUUAAGUUUGUUUGUUACCUAUUAUAUAUAUUUUAGCGAAAAGACCAUACCCCUCAGAUUGAUCUAAACUCGGUCGGAAUGGGUCGAGUGAUACCUCUAAAACAAGGUUUUCUUUACAAGAAAGGGAAUUCUGGGUUGACGAGCAAGAAGAAGUACGUGUGUCUGUUUGAAAACGGCAAACUAUGCUACUACUCGAGCCUAAAAGUAAGUUGACAAAUUGUUUGAUCAUAUUAUAUUAUUGUUUAGGAAUUUCAAGAGCAAUCUUCGAACAUGAAGGAGGUCUUCUUGGGACUUUCUACCGUCAGAGUAAAGAAGAACAACAUCCAAAAGAGACGAGCUUCGCUUCUAAACAUCAUCAAACCGGGCAAGGAGAACCUGGGACCUUCCAAUUUGACUACAUCCACCUCUGCCAUGUUACCGACUUCUGACAGAGCCUCUAUUGCCAGUGAAACUGGAGCUCCGGCUUCAACUCCAGGCGAUGCUUCUUCUGGUCUGAGCGAUUUCGAAGUUCCAACACAGCCAGCUACAGAUCAUCCUAAUGUUAAGCACAGAAAGAAGCAGCGACGGCUGGGGACUUUUGGUGUCAAAUUGGGCGAUGAAGGUAAGAAUUUAUUGUUGUGGUAUCAAAUUAGCCUUAAGUUUUUAUAAAAGGGUAAAGAGUAGUCUCGUAACGUGUUAUUUUCAGUUGACGAAGACUGUGAAUUCGAAAUCGUAACAAGUGACCAGAGAAGGCUAGAAUUUGUAUCCUCGUCUCCAGAAGAACGCGAUGAAUGGGUAUCGGCAAUUGAAAACCAGAUUGCUAGAGCUCUGGGUUCCCAAUGUGCUCAAUUCAAAAGUGCCAGGCCAGUUGCAUGUAAGAAUGACAUAGACAAGCUGCUCACCAUCCCCGGGAACGAAGUUUGUGCUGAUUGUGGCGACAAGAAUCCGUAUUGGGCUGUCAUAAACGUCGGGAUUCUGAUCUGUAUCGGAUGUUCUGGAGUCCACAGGAAGAUGGGAAGUCACGUGUCCAAGGUCAGGUCGUUGGACUUGGACCAAUGGCCUUGUGAUUACCUGUCGAUCAUGGAGAAGGUUGGCAACAAGAAGGCCAACGAGAUCUGGGAGAGAAACCUCAACUCGAACAGUAAAAUAACUCCGAAUUGUGAUCCGUAGGUCGAUUUGCAUUUUUUGUAAAUUUAUGAUCUUUUUUAUGGAAACUAGCAUUAUUAUAAUGGCAUUGUUUAGAUCUGAACGAGAAGUGUUCAUUGAGAAAAAGUACGUCAAGAAGAGUUACCUAGCUCCGCUGGUGUCAAACUUGACACUCUCUGAACAACUUCUGAAUUCCGUGAAGCACGCCGACUUUGACUCCUUUAUCCGGAUUUUACCACACUGUCAGCCACAAGAACUCGACCAACUACACGACGGGAGGACGAUAUCUCACUCAGCGUGCAACCUCAACUCUCCAGUGUUCUUGUUGUUACUCUCAUGGGUAAGGGGCUCAACCGACUAGCCUUUUAAUAAAUACUUAGAAAUUACUCAGUUAUUCAAUUAUUAUUCAUUUGCCUACUUUAGAGCCAAGCGGACUGUAAUAUCAAAGACAAAGAUAACCUUACCGUACUCGAGUAUGCCAGAAAGUGCAAUGUCGACGAGUACGUGUUGUCGGAGAUCUCGGCCCUCCACAAGACCCCCGGCAAUAUAAACAACAACAUGGUUGGCUCGACUGUAAUAUCACCCAAUCAGAUAUUCCCCCGUAUCCCAGAGGGAGGAGAUAAGAACGACCUGACCCUGCUCCCUGAUGUACCUCACAGUGUUUUAUGA